CCUUAAGGUAUUACCUGAUGAAGCCGUCAAUAUUGCGUUUCGCGAUUGGAAUUCUAAUUGGACUGCAUAUAGCAGGGUUUUGUAGCGGAGAAAACGUAUCAGUCUAUUACCGUGCAUCAGGAGUUAUUUUAAAUCACAACUUCACAAACGAGUUUUUUACGAAAAAUUGCGAGCCGUGUCGAAUUCUUGCUGAUGACAUCAAAGCUGGGUUCUGGAAAAUGUUUGACUUUUUUGUCCAAUUAAACCUGUUUGGAGAUUCUAUGCUUUUAAACAAGACAUCUAAAGGCAUUUUCUUCAGACUUCCUUCACUUGGUGAGCCGGAUAUUAAUGCAACAGAGAAAGAAUUACUUCAACCAGACGAAAACAAAGAAGAAAGCGGGGUCUACUUCAUCAUAGUGAUACAACUGGAUGUAAACAUGACGGACCCAUCCAAAGAUUUUCCUUUACUUAAAAAUCGAAUACAAAAUGCCUGUUGGCAGUACCUCAGAGUGGUAGUGCAUUUCCAACUGUAUCCCACAGUUUGGCUUAACAACACAAGUUUCGUUUUCGAGGAGCUCCCCGAAAACCAAGUGACGAACUAUCUGGAUAUUCUCAAGACGGGAUAUAAUUUUGAAUCGAAGAUACUUUUGCGAAAAAGCGAUGACAUCCCAGAGAGUCACCAGAAUGCGCUGUCAAUCAUUUCUUACGUUGGAUGUACUUUAUCUAUUUUGGGGCUGUUUUUCACGAUUUUAACCAUCACCCUCUCAAGGAAGCUUCGUCGCCUUCGCCAAAACCAAAUACUAGCGUAUUUGUGUGUGUCCCUCCUGGCCGCCAUAUUGCUGUUUACAUUUGGUAUCAACGGCAUGACAGGCUCAGACUCACUGGACGUUUGUAAAGCCAUAGCAGCCCUUCUUCAUUAUUUCCUACUCUCCUCUAUUGUCUGGAUGAGUAUCGAGGCAUACAACCUGUAUCAAGACCUGGUCAAAGUUUUUGACACCACAUUUAUUUCACAAAACGAGUUCAUGUGCAGGGCGGGAGUGGUGGGAUGGAUUGUUCCUGCCAUGAUUGUGGUGAUAACUGUAUUGGCUGAACCUCAGUCCUACGGCUUCCACGUCAUGGACAAGAAUAACGAAACGCUUUGCUGGAUGGACGCAGACGCAUUCUACGGCGCAUUCCUUGCCCCAGUCCUCCUCUUGAUGGCUGUCAACGCUUUCAUUUUCCUCGCAGUUAUGAAGGAAAUUUACAACAUCCCUCACAUGUGUGAGAAGAACAACCGUCUGUCGCACUUCCGUGCUACGGUGUCCGUGUUUUUCCUCCUCGGUCUCAACUGGUUAUUCGCCGGUUUAGCUGCCACUGUUGGAACAUUGGUGUUCCAUUACUUGUUCACGAUCACAUGUUCGUUUCAAGGUUUCGUCAUUUUCCUCCUACAUGGAAUCCUUAAAAAGGAUUUUCAGGAGGCUUGGCACGUGCUCACAGCGAAAAACCGCGUCAUGGAGAUGAUUCGCAGCAGCAGCUUUGCCACACCGAUGUCCAAGACCGUGAGCGUGUCGUCCCAGUCCACCACAUUUGGGGUAAACGAGCGUGCUAAUCCCAUCACGCUGAGUGGCUCAACAGUCGGGGAGUCUGGGAUUCAAUUUCAAGUUAAUACCAGUGUAAUUAUCUCGUCUUAGAACAAUUCUCAGUUGAGUGCCGGAAAUUCAUGAUUCCAAUGGGAAAAGAAACAAAAGGAACCAAUAAGAAAUCAGAGUAUACGAACUUUACCAUUCUUAAGCGCGGGAAAAAAAAACAGGGCCAAGUCGCGAUCGUAUUUACUUUUACUUCUGAUUGGUUGAGAGAGCGGCCGGAGAUUUCUGGACCAAUCACAGGGUUGAGCAAAGCAAAGUGAUGCAACAUCUGGUUACUUUCGACACUCAAUUGAAAAUUAAUUUAUUAGUUGUUUAUCUAUGCCGUACUCAAUAAGUAAAUAAAACAUUUUACACAGAAUUUUAGGGAGCAUGCUGAUAUGCAGUGAAUAAAUUGGUAGUGAUUCCCAACUAAAAAUUACCUACUACUGAAAGUGCGACCAUUUUCCGACUUUUUUGUUUCCUGCAAAGCACAGGUGUGGUAAGUUAAGCGUGUAACUGUGGGGAAAGUCUUUCUAGGUUUUUUCAAGUUUUAUAGAUCUUGCCUGUGAUCAUCUAAACUAACUGACUCAAAGAAGUUACAAAUACUCCAGGUUUGUGUCUGGGAACACUUGCGCGGAUUUGAAAAUUAUUUUAGAUUACGUAUAGUGAUUGUCCUAAUUGCUCAGGGUUAGGGCUAAAUACAGUGCACCACAAUCAUUAGGUAAUUCAAGGAAUAGUCAUGCACAUUUGGAUUCAAGUCAUGAAAUUUAUGCAAACAAAAUAAGCUUGACAAAGGGCUGGUUCUUAUGUUUCAAAAGUCCGCAAAACUUAUCAAAAACACUUUUGUUCUCUGAAACAAAGGCGUGAGUUACAGGUGCUCCUCGUAAAACGCUAGAUUUAAUAUACUUAUAUACAUUCUAACGAUAUCUUCAUAGCCACAAGCACUAUUCAUAGAAUAACAUCGGGCGUACUCAAAUGAUUCAAGCGUCGAACUUAACAUGAAAUUAAUUCUCUCAGUUUAUUUCGUCUCUUGUAAAGCUUGACGUUUCAAUUGUACCUAUAUAUAGACCACUUUAAAACCAUUUUAGCAUUUUUCUGAAGAUUGGGGGUUUUAAAUUUUUACGGUACAAUGAAUACCCAAACAUGGAGUGGAGCAAUAGAUUGAAAAAGUUGAAGAUACGAAUAUUAAUUAUGUUCACGAAUGUAAACAAGGCUGCACAAUUAUCGAGGAAAAUAUUUAUUUUGUAGUUUAAGAUUCACUUACUUAAUCAUUUUAAAUAGAAAAAACAUGAAAGGCAUUUUAUUUCGUUUUCCAUUCAUGUCGU